CCGGACACCACACGAAUUCUAGUCUGCUUCGCGUGAGCUUUAUUAUGCUGCUGUCACCUGCUGGAGACUGGGAAUGGAGCCGCUCACUGCUGGAGUUGUGUUUCAACAAACUGAAACAAGUCUGUGUGAGCUUCACGUAAACAGCCUAUCUAGGCUCAUAGGUGAUGAGGGCGGAGGAUGGCCAUAGCUGAAGGUGGAAGCUAUGAUGUGAAGGCCUACGGUAUAUGCAAUAUACUGUUUACCUUCUGGUAAUCUGCACACACAGCAAGAGGCCUGGUUCAGAUUAGUAUGCUGAUACCUGCUUGCCUACAUGUCUGCUCCACGUCCUCCCUCAGAAAAAGUCAAUAUUAUUGUAACUUGUCAAAACAGAAAUGUUGUUGACCGACUCGUGAGCUUAUGUUAAUUCAAUAAUACGCCGCAAGAAGAACCUGUUCUGUCCAACUAGCUGCGCAUCGUUGAGGAUUACCUUCAUUAGGUUGAUUUUAGGGUCAUUAAAAGUGUGAGCAGAUGUGAUCCAGAGGUCUGGUUUGGAGAUGAACUGCCGUCUCCUCCUUGUCAUUAUUGGGGCUUCAGCUGUUGCACUGCAUUAUGGGACCUGUGGUAUGAGCGCUGGGAUUGCCUUGUGACGGCAGACGUGAUGAAAUGGUGUUGUCCUGUGCUUCUUCUUCCAACCAUCUGAGCGAUCUCAAUUCAAAGAAGCUGGUAAAAUGACACUUGGAGUCUCAACAUAUAAUGAACGCUGUAGCUGAAGAGUUUGCAAAUACAGUAAUAGCUAGGGAAAUGUUGCCCUAAAUAUAAAGAUGGGAACUUGACAAUGCUAUCUCACAAAGAUGGCACCGGUGAUUGUGAUGCAGGUUGAUCGGUAAAUUCAAUUGAGGUCACAGUUGUUGAUGCGGUCUCAUGUUGUGAAGGUGAAAGACUGUGACAGCUAAGUGGCAUCUUUGCUGUUUUAUCUCAUCUGCUGUUUCCUCUGAUGUGUGCGGGGACUCGACCCAGACUGACUUAUGACUCGUUUAAUAAUUCUUAUUUGCUUCCUCUUUAAAAGGUUCCCCACUUGAUUCUGCAUUGCAUUAUAAAUUCAGCCUUGUGUCACCAGGAACAACAGCUGUUCCACCAGACAAGUUAAAGGCGACACUCAUCAUUUGAUCAAUGCUUAACACUACUAACCGUGAGCAAUGAAGGUUUUUAUUUUCUCUGGUCUGCCAACACAGUUUAGACAUUCAGUAAAAAAUAUGAAGUGAAUAGAACAAUUUGCAGCUGUCGGGUCUUAUAUUGCUCUUGGAGAUGGAAGCUAACUCUUUAGUCUGAAUUUUAAACUUGAAACGUUUUCCUUUUUAACACCAAGGACUCCUUUGGGUCCCUGAUAUAGCUUUGACCUUUUGGGAGCUCGUGUUUUCCAAUAAUGGGUUCGGUAAACACUGCGUCAUUUUCGCUUGAGAUCAUCAAAACUCGAUGUGGUGUCCAUGCCAGGCCUGUAUGUGACGUUGUAAUGCUCUUGCAAAAAACACAGACAAGGGCACAGAACCACAGAAGAAGACCCAAACUUCAUCAGCGCCAUUGUGUGGACCAACACUUGACUACAAAUCAUCCUGCCAUCUGGGCAACGCUUUUUUCCCACAAGUGUAGCAUCAGAAGUUAGAUGCUUUUCACACUGUGGAUUCUGUCUCGGUGGCCUGAGUUCGAUUCACCCCCUGCUGUGCAGCCUCAUACAUCCACAAAAUAGUUUGUGACGACAGUAGUACGUCUCAAGGAAGUUGUCAUCAGCCGCGCUACACUGGGGUCUCGAACCUAUUUAGGACCAUCUGCUUGAGUGCCUUAUCUUCCUGUCACUUCUUAAUACUACGAGUCACCGUCACCUCAGAUAUGAACUCAUGACAGAGCCUUUCUCAUCCAAAAGUAAACAUGGAAGAGAGUUAUCGUGUUUUUUUUUUACAAGAAAAUAGUGGGAAAACACUGCAAAAUAUGGACCUUCUUGUCUGAGAGAGAUUUUAAUCUGUGAAGUACAGAUCCAGACGUCAAAAGAAGCGCCUUUCCUCUUCGCUGUUCUUCUCACGCAGACAGCUACAGGAUCACAGUUGUGAAAACUGUUUAUCAUCCUUAUAAACACCCGCACACAUAAAAAGUCCUGGACCGCUGCACUGCGCUCAUCCCCAGCACCGGUCUCCUGCAGCUGCGGCUGCACACCUCAGUGUUCUGGGACUUCAAAAAUGCCCCCCGCUGAGACUUUUCCCGAGGCAAGGUGCAGCCCUCCAGUCGGUAUAAAGUCCACGGCCAAAACUCGGCUCGCUUGUGUUCACAUGUCGGACUUUUGAGCCGAACCCGCUUUGUCCUGAGACAGUGUGCUGUAUGAAUAGCCCUUUUGAAGUUAUGUUUAAUCCUGCUGUUUUUUUUUUUUUUUGGAAAAGUCUGGUGUGAGAACAUGAAUACAUAAUGAGGGCUGUCUUCUCUGAUGUACAUCUGAGUUGCACAUCAGCCACUGCAGUGGACGCGAGUGUUUCAAUGCUAUACUGGUCAAAGCAAGUCAAGCAAGAUGACUGCUGCAGGGACGAGGAGUGUCUCCUAUGCUUUCCAUUCAUGCUGGCAAAAGAGAUGCGGGGACAUCAGUGAUCAUCUGGAUUAACUUGAAUAACUAAAAUAAAGUUGAUUUUGCCUGAGGAAAAAGUAAUAACUUCUCACAAGUGUCAUAUGGAAGAAAGUGCCCACUGGCCUCCUGGUUUUGUGAGGAUUAGCAUCAUUAACCUUAUCGACUCGAUCAGCAAAUGAGCUUCUUUCUGAGACUUUGAAGUGUCAUCAAAGUAUUAAUAGUUGUUGAUGCGAGCCAAACUUUAUUAAACACUGGUUGUCGCUCUUUCAAGGCCAUCCAAAGGUGCUGUCAGAAGUUGAAUCUGAGAACCUGGUUAUUUGCAGUUCAUUUUCAGUCUCUGGUUUGAUUUUCUCCUGUGGUGUCUGUGUGGAGCCUGCCACACACCCACUCCACAACAACGACGGCUUUUGCUUGCAUCUUCCAGUGCUUCUUCUGUCAGCAAGUCCAGCAGAGCUGCAACUCUUCCAGUGCCAGCCCUGACACCAGCGAGGAGCCCUGCCCCACUGACAUGGUGAAGAUGACCAAGUCCAAGACCUUCCAGGCCUACCUGCCGUCCUGCCACCGCACCUACAGCUGCAUCCACUGCCGGGCGCACCUCGCCAACCACGACGAGCUCAUCUCAAAGUCAUUUCAAGGCAGCCAAGGACGAGCCUACCUGUUUAAUUCAGUGGUGAACGUUGGCUGCGGUCGAGCUGAGGAGCGGGUCCUCCUCACAGGUUUACACGCCGUCGCCGACAUCUACUGUGAAAACUGUAAAACUACGCUGGGCUGGAAAUAUGAGCACGCCUUCGAGAGCAGUCAGAAGUACAAGGAGGGAAAGUUCAUCAUCGAGCUGGCUCACAUGAUCAAAGACAACGGCUGGGAGUGAGACUGGUCCUCCCCGAACACCUUCGGACCAUGAAAUGCUCUGGAUUGAACUGCGUGGAGCGACGACUACGGAUGAGACCCCCGCCCCUCCUCUACCCCGCCCUCCUUACCACCUAGGCUCGCCGGCUUGUGACGACCAGGAAAAGGCACCAAAAAAGAAAAAGCACCCGGGAUUGUGAAGAGCGCUCAGCCACCUUUUCGGAGCCUCUCCUGGGUGUGACCCCGCCCAUUGCCACUCCCUCCCUCUUCACGCCGAACCACACGUCUUGGUGAUUGUGGUAUCAUGGCGACCACUACACUGACGGACGUCACCACGAGGCCAUUGUUGGGUUUCUUGGUUGCCGGAUGACUUUUGAAGGCGUUUGUUUUCUAUCGUUUUAUUUCCUGGGUUUGUCUCUGACGGCGGAUGGAUGUUACUGGUUAGCUUCCCUUUUCAUGUCUGCCUGUUCUCACCUCUUGUGUUGGAUCUCUGCCUACAGCUGAGCAUGCUUUUCUUUGCUGGUGUCCAAAUGAGUGACGGGGAACGGGAGUCACAAAUAUGUAGCAGCUUCGUAGAGUUUUUUACUAUCCUUUUUCCUUUUUUCAAUAUUUUCUUUAUGUCCUGAGACCCUCCCACUCGCACCAUGUUGGUACUGUCAAUCACCCACUCAUCAUAGAGUAUUCAUUUUAAAUAUAUAAUUAUGCUUAAAAGAUAAAAACAUCUGUAGUGUUGGGGUAGAAGCGAUUGUGGCUGGUCCCAUUUUUGCAUUGUCUUGUAUCGACACAGAGAGAUUAAAUAUAAAGUCAUUUAUGAUGACGUAACGAUAAAUAUUAUAGAGAUGUUUGUAGUAAGUAGACAUGGAUUAUAUUUAUACAUAUAUAUAUAUAUACAUUUGCUGUCAUACACGUGUCUCUGUACGCAGUGUGUGUGAUCAUACAUUACACAGCAGCAUACUUGAACAACGCUACUUCACUUGCACUUUGCAGAGGCCUUGGGUUCAUCUCAGUUUAGAGGCAAAGCUUUUUUUGAUGGCCUUCACAGAGAUGAUUGACAGCUUGCUGGAAACUGAGGGAAGGUCGCUAAGCAGCCGCAGAACUUGCCGGUCGUUCCUUUGACAGUGGGCGUCUGCCUAGUUUCGUCCCUCUCGCAGACUCCGCCGCUACACCCGGGUUUGAAACUGUGUGGAUUUUGGAGUUACACUGUCGCUCAGGUAACAUUCUCUCCACUACGUUUACAUUUCAGAAUGUAUCAGUUAACACUAAGAAUCCACACAGCGGUGUCACUGAGAUGCUUGGUCAUCCAGGUACGCACUCACACCAGAUAUCUCCUUUACAUUAGCAUUACAACCAGCCUCACUGCCAGAAGAUCGCGGGUUCGAUCCCAGCGUGAGGUGGUUUGGAGUGUGAACAGGUUCUUGUGGGUUUCCUCCCACAGUCCACUGACACAGAGGUCAAUCGAUAACCCUGUAGAUGUGUGUGAGAGAGGUUGUCUAUAUGGUGGGCUUUCCAGGGUGUCCCUUGCCUCUCACCACAAGUACCUGGGAUGGACUGCACAUUGAUGCUUCAUGUCGACUUGAUUCUAGUGUGCUGUCAUUUGGGAUGUCAGCCACACCAUGAUCAGCAUCACAACAAUCACGUGAUAAAAACUAGAAAAGCACUCGGAGCACAAACCUCCGCCAAGCAGCUUCACUCCACUCCCAAUGACACAGUAAAAAUCCCAGCGAUCCAGAUCAUUUUGUACCAUGUCCAAAUUCUUAUAUUUCCUGAAAAUUCCAUCUAAAUCCCUCUGAAUUUUCCUGUUACUUUGAAACCGCCGCUGUCCAAAGCAAUAGCUCCUUGGCGGAAGUAAGAAUUACUGGCUAUUUGACUUAAAGUCACAGAAGAAGCAUGUUGCCAGUCACUCAUCGCCACACACGACGCUCGCCAGUUACAGAGCUACACAAUCCGUUAUACAAAUAAAGCCUCUUUACUCCGUCAAGCCUUUGAGAUGGCUGUGUUGGUAACCAACCCUUGGUUUUAUGGCGACCAGAGUGACUCCUCUCAGACGCCGCUUUGAUGUAGUUCUGCUUCCCCUCCGUCGUGGCUCUCCUUGCACUUUAUCCCUGCGCACGCACGCACGCACGCUCGCUCGCUCGUCGUCUCUUCUUUCAUUUGCCUCUAAGUUGAGUGAAUCUUGUGCCUCUUCAAAUGAAACCUAAAGGACGGCCUCCCCCGUUGUGCAGAGCAUAACUCCCCAACGUGAACCGACGUGUCUUCCCCCUCCACCAAGGAUUCAUGGAAACUCCGCCCUGACCAAUCUGUCCCCCAUCUUCGGUCUUCACAUGACAAAGGUGCAGAAGCAGACACUCCUCAUGUUGCAUUUGGAACUAGAGUAUGAAAAGACGAUAGCAGUGAUUGAUUACUUUGCAGGCGAGGUCAGUCAGAUCACCGACAAGGCAAAGCUCAAAUCUUCAGCAGUCAUACCUACUUGAAAACAGCUGCGAUAUUGGCCCGUGUCACAGUGUUGUACAUAUAUAUUUAAGGUUUUAUACAUAUUUCUACUGGGUUGGUUCUUUUACUUCCCCAACUUAAGCACUUUUGUUCACUGUACCUCUGGCUGCGUGUGCGCGACAGGAACGUGAAUGUUACGCUUCCCCAGGUUCCGCCUCUGACAACGUGUUCCCUUUCUUGACCCCGCUGUUUGAUUUAUGUCUUUUGUUUUCAGUUACUCUCUUUAGUCUUGUUUCUGUAGCUUGUGCAGUGGAAGUCCGCUCGAGGGACGUGUUUAGCGAAGCCGCCGCGUAGACGUUGAGGAUGAGCUGGAAUCUCCCACGGUGUGCAGGGAGAGCCUUUACCGAGUCACCCCCCCCCCCCCACAUCAGUCCUGCACAGAGAGCUUUCACCAGUCAUGAACAAACCCACUGGCUGCCAUAUUGGAGGACUCCAGCUUUUGGCGACACUGGCUGUGCACUCUUGAUUGUAUUUUUUUCAACUCUGUUGCCUCUUGUGAACCUUGAACCAAAUCGUUCCCUGGGUUGGUGCGUUCCAGGUUUCUCGGACUUGAAUUGGCGAACGGUGCAUUCAAGCGCUCCUUUUCCUGCUCGUGAAGCCAGGAAAUAUCAUUGACCUCAUUGUGUUUACCAGGUAUUUUCGUUCCUGUGGUUGUGAGUCCUGGGACACUCCUUUCAUGAACUCGGGUAUUUUGGAACUUGCCACUUGGUAUUCACCACUGUGUUGGCUGUUUCUUGUUGUUAAACUUGAAGACUAUUUGGCUUGAGUGAGUUGAUAAGAAGCUCUUGAAUGCACUUACCUCAAUAUUGAGCCUUCUCGGAGGAUCCACACAGUCGAGCCUCUUCUGCAGGUUCAUCAAAUUAGAUGUACUUUCCCUUUAGUCACAGAGGUAUUUUCGGAGCGAUGUCUGCUCGAGCAGCCCAUUGAUGUCAGCUUCAAUCAUGACUUAAUGGACAACUCUUCAGAGUCCACGCACAGAGCCAGUUCACGCCUCAAAGACAGACGAGAAACCACCUCCAACAUGCCGCCAGUCGGGGUCGCUGGGAGUUCAUGGCGAAGCCUCUUCCCUUCGAUCAGGCAGCGUGUGUGGAAAGAUGCCAGUGUCACGCCGGUGUUUACCAAAUAUCGCCCACAUUUCUGCUGGAGGAAGUUCGCGCUCCCUGAUACCAAAGGAGAACUGCGGUCCAGCGCGACGCUUUUCUCCCCGCCGAAUGUUUUCAACUCUGUGCAGCAUCACAGCAGCUCGGAUGACAAAUGUAGAUACCUGCUGCUGAAAGUGUUUACUGUUUAUUGUUCUGUUUCUUUGGUGACACUGGCGACCGACUUUACUUACCUGAUAGGGUGUGGAUGGAGGGCCGACACAGGGGGAAGGGUUCUUCUCCUAGGACUGUUACAUUUACAGGAUUCAAGCAUGUUGUAUUUAUAAUGGCUAUAUGUUGUGCCUGUUUUAUUAUUAUUAUUAUUUUCCUGAAUUUAAAUGCUAUUAUAUGCUUUUUAUUUGACUACAUUGCUUUGCAUUCUGUCUUAGUAAAACCAUGUCACAUGUCUGUUUUCACUCUAAUGUAAACUCUCGGAUAUCACAAUAAAUUUUCAAUGGCA